AUGUUUGAUGAAGAUUAUUAUCGAAGAUUAAUAGUUUAAUCAUCAAAUUAAUCAAUGAGAACAAUAAAUACUGAUAGGCCAUGGUAUCCUAAGAUGAAAUAAAAACCUGCAGUGAGACCUUUGUUUAGUGAAGAUUUUAAAUUCUUUGUAUUACCUCCUAAUAAGAUGAUUUCAUUAUUAAAAAGACAUAAAAUAACAAUUCCAACAGAUGAAUAGAUUAGAGAAUUUCUUAGGAAUCAUUCUUUGAAGAAUAUCGUAAAUUAUGGAGUCAAAUUGUAGAGUAGUACAGAAAUAAAAGUGCAUCCUCCUUCAGUGAUCAUUCAAAAUCCAAGAAAGAGGGCAAAUACUAAAUAAUAAAUCAACAUUAAUAAAAAGACAAUGAAUAUCUUACCUAUUCGUAAUGUAACAGAACCCAGUAAACAUUCUACUUCUCAAUACAAACCUUCAUGUCAUAAAACUUUCAGAAUGUAUAGGAGUGACUAUUGCGAUAAAGAUGUUUAUGGCAUGUUAAAGAAAUUAAAUUUUUCACCUAUGCAAAUGGAUGAAUCACCAAGACAAACCAAAGAAAACACUAACUUUAACACUUUGCCAUCCUAAACAUAUGUAAAACCAAUUGUGCCAAAAAGUGUAUUGCCUUAUCCUCCUCGUUCAAAAAAACAGCUUCGAUAAUUACUGUUGAGAGCCAUUAACAAGAUCAAGAAAUUGGGUCUGACUAUUAAGUAUGUGAUGCAAAAUAAGAUAUUUUCAAAGAAGCCAUAUGAGAAACCACUUUCAAAACAAUUUAUUCAUGCAGCCAAAAAGAAUGAAAUAGAUGAAGUCUCAAACUUUCUAUCAAUCAAUCCUUAUCUUGUUUUUGAUUUUGAUUUUUAUAAUAUGACUGCUCUUCACUGGGCCUGUAAAAAGGGUUAUGUUCAACUAGUAGAAUUGCUGUUGCAAUACCAUUCUGAUGUUGAUGGAGUUGAUAUCCUAUACAGAACACCAUUAAUAUUAUCUAUUGAGGAAAAUCAUUUGGAAAUCACUCAUAUUCUAUUGGCUCACGGCGCAUAUCCUUGGAGUACUGCUAUUACUGAUUUGAAAACUGUCUUAGAAUCUAAUGAAAAGGCUAAAAAUCUCUUGACUAAAGUUAGAAGGUUGCAAAUUAUGGCCAAAUGGACUUAAUAAAAAGAUUACCUCAGUUUAAUAUGA